UUGAACAGCAAGCAACGGCAAGAAACUUUUUUGUAACUUUCUUGAGUUGACAGGAAAAGAAAAAAAGCAUGCGCGUUUGAGUAUAAAGUGACAAACACAUAGUUGUUACUUUCUUUCAGCAGCGACCAUUGCAACAAGUGCUAACGUGUAACUUCACUAGCAUGCAGGGCUAACUAAGCUAACAGUAGCACGUCGGCUGACGGAAACAUUUGUUCUUACAGUGUUUUAGGUUAUUUAUGAACAACCAGGUGUUUUACACAAGCUAAAGCCUCAGUCUAUGUCGAUAAAGCGCGAAUUUACGAGCUGAAGUUUACGGUUGUAGAUUGGGUCGGUCUGUUUUUACCUGCAUGCCUGCCAGGUGGGAAAACGCCUCUGGUUUGAAAACAUAUUUCCCAUUGGACAGAGCUGCACUGACUCCACCCUGCACAGGUGUGGCUGUGUGAGGAGUCCCUUCCCCUUAACAUGCGCUAUUAACUGUAUACUUAACUUAACUACUUAAUAUUUCCAUUAUUAACUGUCUAAUGAUAGCGUUCCUUUGACCAUUUUAUAAUAGUAUUGACUUAAUAUGCCGCCAUACAGGCAUGUUUGAUCUGUGUAUGGAAUAAAAGUUGGAUAGAAGCUCAGGUAGAGACAGCACAAGCAUGUUAUUGAGCCAAAGGCUCUCAUGCCUGACUUGGUUGUGUUCUGUCCUGCUGCAGGUAGCUUGUGAAUUGUGAGCGAGAGAGUGACACCAGGAUGGGAAUGCUACAGUAGCAAGGCUGUGCCAGAACUGAAACCAAACUUUCACCCCUUUGCUGCAUUUAGAACCACUGCUAAUUUUUUCGUAGCGGCUUGACAGCAGAGCAGUUUGUCAAGAAGACAGACAUAGGAUAUGCCCUGCGUUCCUGCUUGAGCAGAGCUUAGGGACGUAUAAUGACUGAUUGAAACUUACCGAAUCAAUGGACAAGAGGAAGAUCCCUGGAACGAUGUUCAGGCAAGCGGAUGCAUCAUCCAAAAGACGCCCUUGCGGUGGAAGUGGUCUUAACCUGCCCCAGCCUUCACCACCCUCCUCCUCUAUGCAGCAGGGUCGUAUCCGGGCUGUGGAGGUGGCGAGAGGAAGAACGGGGUAUGGCUUUACACUAUCAGGCCAGAGUCCAUGUGUCCUCAGCUGCAUCCUGAAAGGGAGCCCUGCAGACUAUGUAGGUUUGCGUUCAGGAGACUACAUCCUCUCCGUCAAUGACAUCAAUGUCUCCAAGGCGUCGCAUGAAGAUGUGGUCAAACUGAUUGGACGCUGCUCCGGGGUCUUGAAACUGGUCAUCGCUGAGGGAGAACGUCACAGACGUCACCAUCACCACCAACGCACUGCUGGAAGUCGUCACCAUAGCAGCAACACAAUGGCAGCAUCUUACCUGGACUCAUGCUCUAGUGAUGAUGAGUUGGAUGUUUUCUAUGACAACAGUGUUAACAACAACAAUAACAGCAGGUCAGGCUGUGGAGCCCGUGGGGGUUGGUACAAACCCAAAGUGGAUUCUAAGCAGCUGGGCAUCAACAGGGCAGAGAAGGUUGUGGCUGAGCUGCAGUCUGGAGGGAUAUUUAACAUGAUCUUUGAGAACUCCAGCCAAUCCUCCAGCAGCUCAGACAAGGACAGGCCUGGGGUUAGCUCAUCAUCAAAACCACGCCCGCUGUCUGAUCCAGAGUUCCCUCCAUAUCGAAACUCCUCCCGUUCUCAGAGCAACCCCAACCUGCUCUCUGAGGAGGAGAUGGCCCAAGUUCUGAAUGAAGACUCAGUCUUCCUGGACUCAGACUUCCGUCAUCUCCACCUUCACCACCACGAAGAGCAAGACUUGGAUGUAGGAGAUGGGGGCGACCUGGUCCUAGAGCCAAGCGAGGGUAUCCUGAAUGUGGGCAUGAUUGUUGGCUAUCUGGGCUCCAUUGAGCUGGCCUCCAUAGGGACAAACUUAGAGAAUGACAGCCUGCAAGCCAUCAGAUGCAGCAUGAGGCGCCUCCGGGCCGAGCAAAAGAUCCAUUCACUGGUCCUUAUGAAGGUCAUGCAUGACAGUGUGCGUCUGUGCAGUGACAGAGGUCAGGUUCUGGCCACCUAUCCUGCAGAAAAACUAGCCUUCAGCGCCUGUUGUCCUGAUGACCGACGAUUCUUCGGGCUGGUCACGAUGCAGGCCACUGACGACCACGACGAUUGCCACUUCAGCAACGGACGAGAUGAAGAGGGCAGUUUGAGGACCUCUUGUCACGUGUUCAUUGUGGACCCAGACCUUUGUCACCACCAGGUCCAUUUAGGUGUGGCUAUGAGGUUUGGCUUUGAGUGUACCCCAGACCCAGAUACAGGAGGCUGUCUGGAAUUCCCGCCCAGUUCUCAGCCUCUCCUCCAGUUUGUCUCCGUCCUCUACCGGGACAUGGGGGACAACAUUGAGGGGGUCCGUGCCCGGGCCUUCCAUGAUCCAGACAACGACGCCCAGCAGAACCACAGCACUAGCAGCAACAGUGACAGUGGGAUUGGCAACUUUUUACCUGAAGAGAAGAGCAACAGAGUGCUUUUAGUGGACCUCGGAGGUCCUCCUAACCACAACCACAUCUCUGGGCCGCGCCACUGGGACAGCCCACCUUCAUCCCAGCAGGCCUGGAGUCCCACCCUAGGAGCUGCAGCCCCUCACCCACCUCCACCUCCUCCGCCAGCUCUGAGAAAUGGCCACUACCGUCAUGAUCCACACCUGGCUGACCUGCCUCACCCUCUACCCUUGGCUCACCCCGAUGUCCCCGGCAGGCACUCUCGAGGGGUCCACCCACAUCACUACUCGCCAGGGAAGCGGGGAGGAGCUGUGGGUGGAGGAGAAAAGAGAGGGGGUGGAGGAGUAGGGGUGGAGCCUCAGCGGUGGCUGCCAGUCCAUGUGCUGAGAGACUGGCGUCAGCAGCACCACCACAGCAACCUCCAGGGCCUGAGCAGUGACCAGGAGUCCUACGCCGAAUCCACCGACGGAUGGUCAUCAGCCAACUGCAGCACCCUGCCUCCACCCAUGAAUAAGAUCCCGGCCGACCGCUACCGGGCCCCACUGGCCACCGGAGACCACCUGCCGCCCCCUGGAAGGAGCCAGCCUCCUCCUCCUCCUCCUCCUCCUCCUCCUUUACAUCCCAACUCCCACACCCACCGGCUGGCUGUUCAGAAAGAUGAGUGGGCUAAGAAGCUAUUUGGUGCUGGAGACAGGGAGAGAAGUGAAAGAGAGAAGAAACGAGGAAAUUCAAAGGAGGGAGAGAAAAAGGGCGGUCGGUUUCGUGGUCUGACCAUGGGCUUCCCUCCUCUCCCCCAACGCUCCUCAGCCAGACGCUCCUUUGGACGCUCCAAACGUCUCAGCCUGGCCCGCUCUCUGGAUGACCUGGAGUCUGCUGCAGUCUCCGAUGGAGAACUUAACAGCGUGGAGCUGCAGGGCUGCAGCAGUGACAACAGUCUGAACAGUAAUGCAAGCCUUCCCAGCGUUCAGAGCCACCGCCGCCACACUGAGAGGAGAGUGGCCAGCUGGGCAGUCUGCUUCGAGAGACUGCUGCAGGACCCCGUGGGAGUCCGCUACUUUUCGGAGUUCCUGAAGAAAGAGUUCAGUGAGGAGAAUAUCCUGUUCUGGCAGGCUUGUGAAUUCUUCAGCCACGUCCCUGAGAAUGACAAGAAACAGCUCUCUCAGCGUGCCAGGGAGAUCUAUAACAGCUUCCUGUCCAGUAAAGCCACAACACCCGUCAACAUAGAUAGUCAAGCUCAGCUGGCUGACGACAUACUCAACGCCCCUCGACCUGACAUGUUCAAGGAGCAGCAACUGCAGAUUUUCAACCUGAUGAAGUUCGACAGCUACACACGGUUCCUCAAGUCUCUGCUAUACCAGGAGUGUAUGCUGGCGGAGGUGGAGGGGAGGCCUCUGCCUGACCCUUACCACAUCCCCAGCAGCCCCACCUCCAAACACAGCACCACCGGCUCCGACCGUUCCAACCUCUCCACACCCAAGAAGGAGGACAAAAAGAGCAAGUCGGGCAGAUCUUUAAAUGAGGACAGCCGAGAUGAUUCAGGAGACCGGAAGAAAGGCAUGUUCUUCUCCUGGUCCCGCAACAGGAGCUUCGGCAAAGGCCCGAAGAAACGAGAGCUGGCCGACUUCAACUACAAUUUCUCCGGCAGCAACGGUCGCCGUGAAUCCCAGGGUUCGCUGUCUUCAGGAGCCAGUCUGGAGCUGGGGACGUCAGGGAGGAACGAGGGUGAUGUUUCUCGUGGUGCAGUAUCAGUGUCAACAGAGCGUGGAGGGGGCAGCGCCCCCUUGAGGCAGUGUAACAUAAGCUUGCCGGACGGCUCAUGUUGCUCUGUGCCACUGAGGGCCGGCAUGUCCAUCAGGGACCUGCUGCUGGACCUCUGUGAGAAGCUCUGCAUCAACCUGGCAGCUAUAGACCUCUUCCUGGUCGGAGGGGAGAAGCCACUUGUAUUGGACCAAGACUGUAUGACAUUGUGCUCUCGGGACCUUCGACUAGAAAAACGCACACUCUUCAGACUUGACUUGGUCCCCAUUAAUCGUUCAGUGGGCCUAAAAGCAAAGCCCACCAAGCCAGUGACUGAAGUCCUCAGACCUGUGGUGGCCAAAUAUGGCCUGCAUCUAUCUGACUUGGUGGCACACAUUAGUGGGGAGUUGGAGCCAUUAGAUCUAGGUCUUCCUAUAUCCAACUUGGACGGGCUGCGAGUGGUAUUAGAUAUAGCAGAACACACUCCUGGAAAAGCAGACAAACAGAAAGUAGCAGUCCCCUCAACAAGCAGAAACCAACCAGCAACAGGAGAGGACAGGCCAUCAGGGAAAGCCGGUUCAGCCCACCCCCAUGGGGAAAAUGGCAAGGCUGGGCCCAGCCCUGACACAGGCAGCCAGCCCUUACCCAACCACUCUGUCUCUCUCCAUAAGGCUCCGGAGAAAAGAAAGCAGAAAAAGAUUAAUAUAGACGAAGCUGAAGAGUUCUUCAACCUCAUAUCCAAAGCUCAGAGCAAACGAGCAGACGACCAACGAGGCCUGCUAAACAAAAGCAACCUGCAGCUCCCAGACUUUCUGCGCCUGUCGCCAGUGGCAACCGAUCAGGCUGCGCCUCCUCCCUAUGAGCCCAGCUGCUCUACCCCGUUUUCCCGUGACCCCAACAACGGCAGCUUUCCUAGUAGCGGUCGCCGGGGCAAUAUGGCGAACAGCAAUGACAAGGGAGGAGACGGUGCCCACUUGCUCAAUGCGAGCCAUCACUCCCAGAGCUUGGACUCUGCACUGGGCACUGGGAGUGGAGGGGGGAGAAAAGCCAGACCACCUCCUCCGUUUCCUGGCACAGUCUCCCCGAUUCACCCAUCCCAGGGUGCCCAGCGUUGUCUCCUCCAGGACUCUGUCAGGGGAGAAUCUGUCCAGAUGCUGGAGGAGGACACCCUGUCUGACCUGACUCUUGUGGGAGAGGGGGACAUUAACAGCCCUAGCCUCAACUACGUCACUCCCUCAGCCCUACAGUGCAAACCCCAUCCCCGAUCCCAACAACUAACACAGGACGGUCGGCCUAGCUCAGGUACUGCCCCCGUGUGAACUCUUGAAACUUUUGAACUUUCACCUCUUCCUUCACCUGACUGCGAGCGGGACUGGAGACCCAUUAAAGUCAAUUCGAAGUUCUGUGUUGAUCGCUCUUGGUCUGUGGCCAAAUGGCCCAGAAUGCAUCCAGAUCUCCUCCUUUAGUUUCAUAAAUCACUUUCUAUUGUCUAAUUAAAAUGAUGGACCAUAUAGUUUCAGACACAAAUGUAAAAUACAGUAAAUACUGUAAAAGACUGAGCUUAGACUUCAUCAAAUGCAACAGAAAUGAGUGUUAAUUUAGUCAAACAUUGGAGUUAGUGAGUUACAUAUAGUCAUGUAUGCACUGCCUUGUGGCCAGCAUUUACUUAAUAAGUCAGCAACAGCCACAAGAUAAAAUAGGUCUGACACAUGUAGAGAGGAAAAAUGGAUGCAUUAGGUUUGGACAGAACUUGUCUUGUUUCCUUGUGUGGUGUGUAUCUGUGUGAACCUUGUUUUUCUGGAGACAUAAGCUCGAGGACGAGCUCAGGAUGACUUGGUGCCAAACUCCCUCCUCUAUGCCCCAGUGUACAGAAUCAAUGCACUUUAGCCAAUUACAAACAAGACUUUACACAUCUUUAAACAUUUUUAAAUGUCCCUUUCCCUCUUUUUUUAUGCUUUAACCUUUCAAAACGUCUGUUUCAUGCUGCAGGUGGUGGAGCGGCAGCUAAGGCCAGAAAACCAUUUGCUAACAAUCACAAGUGGUAUGCAGGCUACAGUACAUUACUGCACUUCUAAGUGGACCAUGUAUUCUUUUCAACUUAUUACAUGCUUUUGAGCAAACUGCACAGCAGGCCCGACCCCAUAAAUACAAAUAUAUGCUACAGUGCCAUGAGUACAUCUUGUGUUGCCUCCACUGUUCUUUCACCUCAGGCAUUUCUCGUGUCAUUCAUGGAAACACAAUAUAGCAGACACAUGCAAUCCCACUCUCUAACCAAAUGACUGACUGUACAUGAGCAGUUUUCUCUGUCCCGUCUCCAUUUUUUUUGUCUUUGCACUACAUCACACAGCAGCAUCUGUUUUUUACCACAGUCUAGCAAUUCAACAGUGUUUCGAGUAGUCUUUCCCUGCAGGAUUUUGGCUGGAGAAAUUGGACUAACAAGUCAAAGCGUUUCACUUUUUAAAGGUUUUACUCUUAUUUUAUCCUUUAAUUUUAAUUUAUCCCACAUCCAUUUCAUUUUUUUGGUCUAUCAGUUAAAAGUAUUAAUUUGUAUAUAGUCAACUUUGUGAAAUCACAGUAUAGCUGUAGUCAUUGUUGAACUGCACUGCAGCAAUGCUGUUUCUUCAGUUGUGUCACAAUAGAAAUUAAUUCUCCUCUGUUCUGUUCAGUUGGCUGCACUGUCUGUAAAUAGAUCAAAUAAAUGUUUUAAAGGCUGAACUCUCCCUGCAGAGCCUCAAGUGA